AUGAAAUCUACUGUGUUGGCGGGCUUGGCGAUCACUGCCCAGGCGACUAAAUACGGCAAUAAUCAUCCCCCAGUCUGGCCUGAUACACCCAGAAUCGAGAAGCAUUUCCCACCCAUCAAUGUGACGCUGCGCUCUCCAGCUUUCAUCAGUCCGGACCAAGUACCUGACGGCUUCUCGAAGGGAACGGAGGGACCCACCAGCGAUGCCAUACUACACGACUUCCUCCACGGCCUGGCAUCACGGAAUCCUUGGAUGACGUAUCAAGAUCUCGGUUACGUUUCUGAAGAAGGCCGCAGUUUGCCAUUCAUACAAUUAUCCUCAUCCAAUGUAUCAUGGAACCGGACGGUCCAGAUUCCGGAAACUCCGUUGAGUUCAUCGCGCAGCAAGAUAAGGGUAUGGCUACAAGGUGGUGUGCACGGCAGCGAGCCUGCAGGUGAUCAAUCUAUUCUCGCGCUACUCGGCAAGAUGGAUGCCGAGCCACAAUGGACCGCUUCUCUGCUAGAGAACCUGGAGAUCAUGAUGCUUCCAAGGUACAAUCCAGAUGGCGUAGCAUACUUCCAACGAGAUUUGGCGUCGAACUUCGAUCCUAAUCGUGACCAUGUCAAACUGGCAAGGCAGCAGACAAGGGAUAUCAAGCGCGUAUUCUCUGAGUUUGCGCCACAUGUCGCUGCAGAUAUGCAUGAGUUCAGAGCGUCGGCAAUGUAUGGAGGACAGUAUCUACCUGGCGCGGAUGCGAUGUUCUCCGCAGCCAAGAAUCUGAACAUCCACACAGCGAUACGGCAUAUGUCAGAGCAACUCUUCGCCCCGGCUAUCGGGACGCACUUGAAAUCCCGAGGCUUAAGAUGGGAGCCAUACGUUACUGGCAGAACAAGUCUGAAGCAUGACACCUCCAUCGUGUUCCACGAGGCAGGUAGCGACGCCAAGAUUGGAAGAAAUGCAAUGGGACUAUCUCAAGCGAUCGUCUUUCUUUGCGAAGUACGAGGAAUCGGUAUUGCCGACCAAGAAUUCCAUCGUCGUACGGCGACGGCGCUGACCAUUCUGGAAAGCAUUCUCCAGACAGCUUCUGAUCAUGCGCAUGAGAUUAUUCGGGUGGUGGAAGACGGAGUGAACGACUUCGCGAACAGUGACGAACCCAUCGUUGUUUCGGACCACACCGACAAGUCCACCCGCAACUGGACUUUCGUUGACUUUGACAGCGGAGAUCUGGUUCAGGUGCCGGUCGUAUUCCACAGCACGACGCCGACUUCUGCUAAUCUGACCCGACCUAGACCAGAAGCGUACUUGAUCCCUCGUACAUGGGCAGAGGUCGCUGCGAGACUUGAGAUCCUUGGACUACAGGUUGAAACAGUGUCUGAGAGCUGGAAUGGAACCGUGGAAGCGCUGACAAUCACAUCAUCUUCGAUUGGCCGCUAUCACGAUGAAGGCGUGGUACUCACAGCCGUCACGACCAACUCAACUUCGACUCAUGUCCAGCUGCCUCCUGGAAGCUUCCGGGUCAGUACGCGUCAAAAGAACGCGGCUUUGGCCUUUGUUACUCUUGAGCCUGAGAACGUGGACUCUUACGUCAGUUGGGGCAUCAUUCCCAUGGAGAAGGGCGAUCAGUAUCCUAUCUUCCGAGCGACAUCUUAG